GCUCUGGAAGCUCGGUUGAUGCUGUUGGUGAUGAGAGGAAAAUGAUAAAAAGAAAAGAACAUGCAGCUGUAACUAUAUCAAACGAGGAAUAUGCACGCCUGCAGACGAAGUUUGACGGUCUUAAAAAUGAGUUCACGGCGUGCAAACGUAAACUGGACAGCAAAUGUGAGGCUCUGCUCAUUCUCAGCCAGGACCUGGACCAAUGUCGCAGUGAAAGGGACCAGUUCAAACUGAUGGCAGAACAGCUGCAGGAACGAUACCAGUCCAUGAAGAAAAGCAUCUCAGGCCAGCCCACACAGAGUAGCUCCGACACAGUGAUCAGUCGACCAUACUCGGACUCGCAAAGCCAAAAUCUUGCUCGUCUGCUGCUGGAAUCUCGUGAGAACUCCAAAUCUCUACGCUUUGAAGCAGACGACCUGAAACAGAAGCUCAAUGACGCUCAGGGAGACAUUAAGUUACUACGGGAGCAGAUAGCCAGACAGCGUGUUGGCACGACGGAUGAGGGUAUGACUAUACGUCACUUCCCGGCCCACGAACGAGAACAGUUAGUGGAGAAACUGGAGGCCGCCAGUGAACAGUACUUACAACUGGAGCGAGACCUUCAGACAGUGCUGGAUGAGAAGGAGGAGCUAGUGACAGAGCGAGAUGCCUACAAGACCAAGUAUGACCGCCUCAACCACGAGCUCAACUACAUACUCAAGGGAGACGAGCACCGUGUAGUGGAUAUUGACGCUCUUGUCAUGGAGAAUAAGUAUCUUCAAGACAGAUUGCAGCAGAUGGAAGAAGAGAAAUCCAUGGCCCUGGCAGCUGUGUCCAAGUACAAAAACCUGCUUGACAAGAAAAAGACUAAGAGCUCGCUAAAGUUUGGACAGAGUCGAGGAGGUGGCAUGAUCAUCACACAAAGACAAGUGCAAGAGGUGUUGGAAUCUAGAUCCAGUGUUGUGCCAACAGUGAAGGCCAUGACAGACCUGCAGGCAUUGGCCGGGGCAUUACUGGACUCUGUGAAUGACAAGAACCUGGCACUGUCACACCAGAGGAAGACCAACAAAAUCCUGGGUAACAGGGUUGCAGAGCUGGAGAAAAAGAUAAAGACCCUUGAGUUGACUGGUCUCUGGAGUGUGCCAGCGAGCACGUCCAGCAGCCUUGAGAGACUCCGUCAGGACAUUGACGAUGUCCGUACCCUGGUGCCCUCACACAGCCCCGAGGAGGAGAUGGACUCAGAAAGGCUAUCAUUUUUAGAGGGGGCUGACAGUGAACUUGAGACUGUUACAUCCCUAGACAGCCCUGAGCCCUCCCCAGAGUCUAGCCCCCAGCACGCCUGCAAGCCUCUUAACAACCUGGAGCUCGGUGAUCUAGAUCUGCUGCCUACCAAGGAAGUCUCUGACAAGCCUCUGCACAAUCGAGAGCUCAAAACAGGUCACAUGAAUGUGCAGGACAGUUCACACAUUCCAGCAUUACUUAAACCACCAGAACGAAGUGUUCCAAAUUGUCAGGUAAACCAUGCAGCAACUCCUGAGACCCGUUGUGAAAGUCCAGAAUACCCCAGGGGCCGAGUUGAACAGCUUGUGGACCUUGGGAAUGGUGGCAGUGAAGGGGUAACAGACCAGGGUCCAGAAUACCCCAGGGGCCGAGUUGAACAGCUUGUAGACCUUGGGAAUGGUGGCAGUGUAGGGGUCACAGACCAGGUUCCAGAAUACCCCAGGGGUCGAGUAGAACAACUUGUUGACUUUGGGAAUGGGGUCAAUGUAGGGGACACAGACAAGGAGGGCUUGAAACUGCAUGUGUACGAUGAGGAUUAUCAGGAAAGUAACGGUUGUGACAUAGAUGGAAGUGACAACACUAAUAGGGUGAAUAUUGUUGAUGAUGAAAUUGAUGAACAAAUUGGGGAGUGUAAUAAUGGAGGAAAUCUUGAGGAGUUUUAUAAUGAUGUCGAUGAGAAUCAUGAACAGGUUGGACUGCUGUUGGAAAACGUGGCCAACAAAAUGUGCAAUAUUUCUCAUUCGUCAGUGAACUGUGAUGGUGCGAAAUGCAAUAAAUCUACUACAAGGUUGCUUAAUGUGGAUGGUGUACAAACGGAUGGGGUGGGCAAUCAGACUGAAGACAUCGGCGAAGACUCGCUCGAGUGUGGGCCAAGAAAUGUAGAAUGCUAGUACUUGAUAAUGGUGUAUUUAUUAUGCUUACUUAAUCAUUGGAACGUGUUAACUUCCAUGUAAUGUUUGGGUUUGUCAUAAAAGUCAGGUAAUCUUUGAUUUUAUUUUGAACCUUUUAUAUGUCCCAGGAAUCUUAAUGGGGAAUGCUAAUGAUCUUCAUUCUGGGAAAACUGGGCUUAAUGCAUGUUCGUAGUGUUAUACAAGAUAAGUCUGCAGACCACACAAGCUAAUCAGGGAUGACACUUUCCGUCUCAACUGGAUUUUCACUGACAUGAGACUUCCUUUAAACAAAAACUGCCAUAAAAAGCAGAAAGUGUUGUCCCUGAUUGGAAUACACAUGUGCAAACAGCAUAAAACCAGAAUAGCCUCCAAGUAACUCAGUCUGUUCAGGUUUUAUGCUGUUUGCUGCUCAUCAGUAUAUAAGGGUUGGAAAUGAAGCCUUUAUAACUUGAAUCUAGUAAAAAAGGUCUUUAAUUAAAUGUAACUUUCUAAGGGACUACAAAGUUGUCAAAAUACGUAUCUAAGUGGGAAAGGGAUAAACUCAGGUUUCACAGAGUAAGGCUCAUUAUAUUAAUGAAUAAGAUUUUUGCGUCCUACGAUUUUUUUCAGAAAUGAUCUGUGGAGUCGUGAUCUGU